UUUCAAGGUUCAAAAUAAACCUUAUCAUUGGUUACGUUGCUGCCCAAAGAUCUACAGCGAUCUGCAACAAAAUUAACAUUAAACAAAGAUAAUACUGAUCCCCAACAUCCUUUGGCCGGGUUGUGCCUCCUGGUUGCACCUUUGCGCUCAUGUCCGCGGUCAUGUGCCCGGCGACACACAGAAAAACCGUAACGGACUACGGCAGCCUGGAGGCGGUCGUCGCUUCGGUGCCGGACGCUCCGACAGGAAAAGGGCGCAGCUCCGUCUUGGACUGUGAGUUAGAGUGAGAUGGCAAAAAGAAAGUAAUGGGAAGGAGAGAGAGGUACUAUGGGCCGGUGUGGGUAAUGUGCUUCAGAGCCCAGUUUGUUUGCAUUGUGGAUAAUUCGGGAGCUCUGUCAUGGCCUGGGAACAGGCCAUCAUGAUUCUGUACAGUCACACCUGGACACGAUUCGGUCCCCUACUGUACGUCACCCAAAACCCCGAGUUUGAUUAUUUUUAUGUGAGGCCAGUUGUGACGUGUUAAGUUUCCCCCUGUUGUUGUUGAUUUCAGAUAUAAAUAAAUGUCAGUGGGCCAAAUAAGAAAUUCAAAAUAUUAUUGUUUCAAGCCUCUUUUAUAGGCUGCUGAUUUCAGCAGUUAAAUGCUGUAUUGUCAUAUCAGGCCAUUUAAGGCUCAUGUUCCUUUUUAACUGUUGGGCUUCUGCAUUUGAUACGGUUCGAUCAUCAAUUUUUGGUGACUAAACAUUGUUUAGAUAACUGAAUUUUUUUUUUCUCUUUGCCUAACUAUAUGCCUUUAGACUGCAGGAGUAAAUAGUUAGGUGAUGUAUGUACAUAUGGCUGUGUCUACCUGUGACUCCCUCACACGAGUACAGGAUCAUGCAACAGACAGUGCUGAUGUGGAGGAAUCGGGAGGAGCCCUGCUGAUGGCCCCAGCAGAGAGAGAUCACUUCUUCCAGGGGCAGUGGGCUAUCAUGAAAUGGGGCAACAGAGACUGCUGUCCAGGAUUCAUGCAGAAACCUGCGCCUUCCAGACACAACCCGCCAAAUGGAGAGACCGUGAUGGACCAUGUGAGCUGCGUGGGGAUGGAGGGCAGGACAAGACCAGCUUCAUUGUCACAUUGAGACCAAUCGCCCAGAGGUGCACGGCCGGCUCCUUGGGUCAGGGGAAAGCAGGCCCAUGGCCUCACAGACGACCAGUGGCCUGGUUCUUUUGCUCUUUUCUUUUGCUCACAAUGUGGGAAGUAUUUUAAGAGAGAGGAUACCAUGAGAGAACAUUUGCAGAUACCAGCGAAUGAUUGUGCCGCUGCUCCAACUGCAGAAAGAGGUUUGCUAACAGAAUAACCUUGACAAGAUACCAACUAAUACACCCAUGGGAGAGAGAAUCCCUCUGUUGCUGUGAGAAGACUUUUCCGUUUUCUGGGGAACCUUUAGUUUAUGAAUGGUAUCACACAGGGGAAUGUCCAUAUUGCUGCUCGCUUCACACGUGCUUUGCCAGCGAACUCGGGGAGUGGCCUUAAAACUGCUAGGACUAUAAAAGAAAUUUCUCUGACUCCACUCACCUGCAGAGGCACAUGCAGAUUCACAUGAGGGAGAAGCCAUUCCAGUGCUGGGAUUGUGGGAGGAGUUUCCAGAAAUUGUGUCUUUUGAUGAUGCAGCAGCGAAAUCAUACAGCGGCUGGCAGCUGAGAUCCCUUUCUCCCCCUUUCCUCACUGCGGCUCCUGGUUCCGCCCUUACGGCUGCUGUCUGCUGCCAUGUGGCAGGUAGCUCAGAGAAGAGAUGUGAUGCAUUACGGGAAGCUGGAGGAGUUUGUCUCCUUGGUCACAGAGACUGUCCCAGAGCUGCUGAGCUACAGACAAAGAGCGCAGCUCAUUUUGGGACUGCGUGCAAGGCUGAUUCUUGAGAUCUGCCGAGGUGAGGAUCCUGCAGACUGUCAAAGGAUCGAGCCCCACCUGGAGAGGAUAAGCCGACAUGCUGGAGCCCAUGAGCACCCAGGUGCAAGCGACUCAGAGGUGGAAGCAUCCAGAGUAAACUUCCUAGAGAUGGUCCAAAUCCUGUUAUCGGACUCGGGGGCAAGAGCUUACUUUUUCAAGGAGGUGUUCCCAGUGGAGUAUGGACCCAAGUAUGACAAAGCCCUGGAGAACCUGGUGUGGGAGCUCCUCUCCAGGCUGGAGCAGCUUCUCCCUGUACCAGACCUCGAACAGUUGGUGUCCUUGUUCAAUGCUGCUCCCUCACUCCUGGAGGAGUGUGUGCAGUCUAACUCUCCCCCAGAGCAGCUGCGGACCCUCCUACAGCACUACAAAUGUCUUGGACAGCUGGUCACACAUGCAACCACUCCUCUCACAGGUGACUGCAUCCUGUCCUCACUAUCCCUCCUCCCCCUUGGCAAGGCAGCUGUUAUUCAUGAGGAAACCAGCCGGCAAUCAGAAUACAUGCAUGACUCCGUGGACUUCCUAAGUCCAUCAUAUGUCAGUGAAGAGGUUGAGAUAGUGUCUGUGGAAGAAAGCCCAAUAUACAGAGAUCUGGAGAUGGAACUGAGAACGAGUUUAGAUCCAGAUGAGAGUCAGAUAGAAAGUAGGAAUGGAGGUGAAAAUGUUGAAGAGGAAAUGUCAAAUUUAAGCACUUUGAAAGAGGAAGAUGGAGAAUUGACCAAGGAGACUAAAGAGGCUGCAAUGGAGAGUGGAGGUGGAGAGGCACAAGUUGGAGAGUUAGACGCUGAAUAUGGGGAAGUGGAGUUUGAAUCUACAGAGCAAGGGCUUAGAGGUGAAGAGGUGGGGUCAGUGUAUGAAAUGGCACAGGCUGUACAAAAACAGGUGGGGCCAGAAUGUGAGAUAGUACAGUCCAGUAAUGGAGAGGGGGGUCAAGAAUGUGCAGAAGCAAAUCCCAGGAGUGAAGAUUGUACAGAGGUAGAGGCCAGAAGUGUAGAAGUGCAGUCAGAAUGUCCAGAGGCAAAUCCUGGGAGUGGGGAGUGUGGAAAGGUGGAGCCAGAAGGUGGAGAUUCUACACAUGGAAGGAAAAGCCAAGAAAGAAAGGAGAACAUAAUGGCUGAAGAUGAGGGUCUAAUUAUGGGGAGACAAGAGCAGAACCAGAGUGAACACAAGGAGGGGGAUGGAAAUGGCCAAACCUCCCGGUGUGAAAAAGAGCUGGAUCCUGGAAAAGAAUCUGCACAUGGACAGGAAGAGGGUGGCCAGUUACAGCUGGCUACCACCUGUCUGCUCCAGAGGCCUACAGUGCUGAUCCAGCGGCUUGCUGUCGCCGACACCUCUCUGCCUGUGCUGACGCCAGUGCAUCCCACUGCUGGUAACGGGGAGCAGCCAGUCAGCUCUCAGAGGAGCCGCAACAGGACAGCACAGAGAUGGAAGGGACGGCGGGCUGUGUGUGGAAGGAAGACCAGUGGCCGCUUUCGGGCUGCUCUGACAGGGAAGCCAGCACUGUCAGAGAAGGAGAACAUUGCUGAUUCUCAUGGUCAAGCUCUGGUCACCCCAGCUGAGGAACAACAUGCAGUGGACCUCCUGAAAACCCAAUCAGAAGGAGAUGGCAAGACUGUAUGUCCCACUGAGGAUGGGGAAGACAAGUCACCCACUACAGCCGACCAGUCAGGGGCCCACAUCUGCCUCCAGUGUCGGAAGACCUUCAGGUCUCGAUCAGACUUAAUGAGGCACCAUCGGACUCACACGGGUGAGCGGCCAUUCCAGUGCUCCCAGUGCAAAAAGAGUUUCCAGAAUUCGUGGGAUCUGACAAGGCACCGACGGACACAUACUGGGGAGCGGCCAUUCCAGUGUUCUCAGUGCGGGAAGAGCUUUACACAGCUGGGUUCCCUACGAAUGCACCACAAGCAGAAGCACAAGAAGGAGUGGCCCUUCCACUGCUCCCUGUGCGACAGGAACUACCAGUUCUCAUCAGACCUGGCUAGACACAAGCAGACUCAUGCGGUAAAGCGACCACACAAGUGCGCCCUUUGUGACAAAACCUACAGUCGUGCCUCUGAUGUCAGGAGGCACCAGCUCCUGAACCACACUGAGGAACGCCCUCACCAGUGCUCCCUGUGCGGCAAGAGUUUCAAAACAUCGUGGGACCUCACCCGGCACAAUCGGACGCACACGGGAGAGCGGCCUUUCCAGUGCUCCCAGUGUGGGAAGAACUUCACAGAAUUGGGGUCGCUGAGACUACACCACCAGAGAGCUCACGAAGGAGAAGGUCUUUUUAACUGCUCCCAGUGCCAGAAGAGCUUCACCCAAUUAGCAACACUAACAAAACACCAGCACUGCCAUGCCGGUGAGCGCCCCUUUCAGUGCGCUCACUGUCAGAAGACCUUUACUCGACUAUCGGUAUUGACUAGACACCAGCGGAUCCACACAGGGGAGAGACCGUACCUUUGCUCCCAAUGUGGAAAGAGUUUUCUUUCCCAGGGUGAGCUUUCCAAGCACCAAAAAUGUCACACAGAAGAGAGACCUUACCUUUGUUCCCAGUGUGGCAAGGGUUUCAAGAUGGAGGCUGCCCUUAAAAAACAUCGGCACACUCAUACGGGGGAAUGCCCGUACCACUGUCCUCACUGCAAGAAGACUUUCACCAAUAGAACAGGCUUGUCUAGACAUAAGCUAAUUCACACUGGGGAGAGACCACACCUGUGCUCCCAGUGCGGUAAGACUUUCCUUUCCGUGGGAGAACUGUUGAUCCACCAGCGGUACCACACAGGGGAACGUCCGUAUCAGUGCUCACUGUGUGGGAAGAGUUUCACCCAGUCGUGCUACCUAACUGUUCACCGGCGAACUCACACAGGAGAGCGGCCAUACCAAUGUAUUGUGUGUUCGAAGAGCUUCUCGCACUCGACUCCGCUGAAGAGACACAUGCGGAUUCACACUGGGGAGAAGCCGUUCCAGUGUCCAGACUGUGGGAAGAGCUUUAGCCGGCUGUGUCUGAUGAAGACACACCAACAAACCCACACAGUAAAGGAGAGCUUGGACAUCGCCUUGACCUAGUUUUACUGGUGACCAUUCUUCUGUUGGCUUUGCAUGGUUUCUUCAGUUGAAACUAAAACACAAAAGAUGUUAUCAUGGUAAACUGUGACGAAAAAAAAAAUUCUUCUCAUAAUAUGCAUGGCUAAAAUAAAUCCUGCCAGUUUUCAGGUGAUAUCCAUUAAUGUUUGGUCAGGUUGUUUUAGAUGUUCUAUGGUAGAGUACCCAGUUUUUCUCCAGGAGGCCUAUAGUGAUGCUUUGUUGACUGGGGUGAAAAUGGGACAUUUGUGUAGCCCUGAUAAUCAGAAUCAGCACUGUGCGCCUCAGCUGUGUACCAGCACAGAAUUAUUUGCACAAAGGAGUGCUUCAACCCUGAGGUAUGUUGGUGGCGUAGAGUUUUAGUAGUCAAUCAACUGUAUCCUUGAGUUGCGUUAGUCUGGUAUGUCUGCAUUGGUUGGUUUGCUGAUUGUUUUUUUUUUCCUUUUUGGAUGCUAACAUGGUUCUUGAAGUGUUUGCUAUGUGAAAUGAGCAGCAUUUAAAGUUUAGAAUAUAUUAUUCUCAUUCCUCAGGACCCAUAAUGGACAAAUGCACCCAGGGAGAUUAACUUUCUUGUUUCUCUGUAGCUUCUGACCAUCAAUAAACAGAAAAAUAUGACCUAAGAAUAAUGCAA